AUGACUUUUCGAGUAGUAAACAAAAACUUGGUUCGUGUUCUCGACUUUUUUAUUUUACAUUCGUGUACGUAUAAUGGUUCUCCGUUAAUUUUUGUUAGAUUUGACCAAAUUGUUAAAGCAACCUCUCUUUUUGAUCGUUUAUUUGAUUUACAAAAUGUUUUGCCUUCCCGUCAAUAUAUUAAAUGGGGAUAUCAAGCAGCCAAAGGAUUAAAUUUUUUAAUGGAUAGAGGGAUUUUACAUAAACGUUUAACUGCUCGUUCUUGUUUGUUAGACAAUAUGGAGAAUUUACGUCUUUCUGAUUUUUGGACAGAAAAUGAUCCUGGAGAUUUAAAUCUUUUUCAAAGAAAUUUACCAAAUUCUAUUAGUCAAAGGACUAUUAUGUUUAGUGAUGGAUGGCGGUAA